GCUCGGCACAAUCUCCGGAGCUUUGGAGUCACACUAAACAGUGUGUGUGUGUGUGUGUGGAGGUUCUGUGUGAGCGCAGGCGCAGAGCUCGAGAUUUCUGCGUCUUUGCCUUGGAAACGUUUGCAUUGAAAAGAGUGUAGCGAGUAUUGUACAGCGAGCACCACGUGACCGAUCAGCGCUGAUCCGGCUUGAACAUGGACUGUCGCGUUCUGUCAAUUCAGAGUCACGUGGUUAGGGGAUACGUUGGAAACAAGUCGGCUACUUUUCCUUUGCAGGUACUUGGCUUUGAAGUGGACUCUAUAAACUCAGUACAGUUCUCCAAUCACACAGGUUAUAAGCACUGGAAAGGACAAGUGCUAACUGCGGAUGAGCUACACGUCCUUUACGAAGGGAUUAAACUUAACAAACUGAACCAUUAUGACUACGUGCUCACAGGUUACUCCCGGGAUGUGUCUUUCCUGGAGAUGGUGGUGGACAUUGUGAAGGAGUUGAAGAGUGCCAAUCCCAGUCUUGUAUAUGUUUGUGAUCCAGUCAUGGGAGAUAAUGGAUCAAUGUACGUUCCAGAAGCCCUGCUACCUGUGUACAGGGAUAAAGUCGUGCCAGUGUGUGACAUCAUUACUCCCAACCACUUUGAAGCAGAGCUCCUGACGGGCAGAAAGAUUUCUACAGAACAGGAUGCCGUUGAGGCAAUGGAUCUGCUGCAUGCUAUGGGUCCUGACACUGUGGUCAUCACUAGCUCAGACCUGCUCUCUCCUUUGGGGGAUCAGUAUCUAGUGGCCCUUGGGAGCAAAAACACAGUUCAAGCAGAUGGCAGUAAAGAGAAGCAGCGGAUCCGACUGGACAUUCCCAAAGUAGAUGCUGUGUUUGUGGGGACUGGCGAUCUGUUCGCAGCCUUGCUGCUGGCGUGGACACACCACCACCCUAAAGAUCUCAAAAAAGCCUGUGAGAAGACGGUUUCUGUGAUGCAGCAUGUUAUUAAGAGGACUAUUACCUACGCCAAGAAUGCAGCUGGUCCUGACCAGAGACCGAGUCCUGCACAACUGGAACUGAGAAUGGUACAAAGUAAAGCAGACAUUGAGGAUCCAGCCAUAACGGUUAAUGCUGUGGUGUUGUAGGAUUUCUCUCUCAUUUCCGGCCACAUCACUUUGGUUGAGAUUAUAGAGAAAGGAAUGGUUGUAGGGAAA